AUGCGAGAUCCGUGGUUCUGUCACCGCCUCCAGGAAGGUGUGCGUCAGGUUUUUGAGCAGCGCGUGCUCACAGACGUGACGCUGUGCGUGGGGUCGCAGCGCAUCCCAGCCCACCGCCUCGUCCUCGCGCUACACAGCCCGUACUUUCGCGCCAUGUUCACCAACGGCAUGAAGGAAUGCCACAUGAACGAGAUCCACAUAGACGUCACGGACCCUCAAUCGUUUGACGCGAUCUUGCAAUACAUGUACUCUGGUCGCGACGUGACGUUGGACGGGGGCAACAUGUGGCCGCUCUUGGCAGCGUGCGACCAGCUUCAGAUGGAGGUGCGUGAGUAUGCACGCAUGCAUAUGGCCAUGGAGCUUCGUGUGGACAACUGCGUCAACAUAUUUGCCUGCUGCGACGCGUUUCACCUGCGCGAGAAGUGCGCUGUGCUGCGAAGCGUGGCGUGGACGUACCUAGCCACGUACUUUUACGCCGUGUCCAACACCGAAUCCUUUCACGAACUUCCCAUGGCCCUUGUGCGAGUCAUCCUUUGCAGCUCGGCGCUCUGCGUCCAGGACGAGCAUCACAUUGUCGCGUCGUUGUUGGGGUGGGUCGAUUUUGAUCCAGCCAAUCGACAAGUCCACCUCCGACCUCUUUUGCGGUCAUGUGUUCGUCUUGACGCUGUGGAUGUGCUGGCUGAAAGCUGGCCUCCCCUGGCCGUUCGUUUGACCCACCAUCGUAUUGCCCACUGGCCCCCAAUGCCCUAUCAGGCCCCCCGUCGAAGCAAGCCACAAGUCGCACCUCGCUGUAAUACAAUUCCGCUCGUCGUAGCGCUUGGAGGGCUCAUCGGUCGCUCCAUCUCCCGCUCCACCGAGUACCUCGACCUCCUCUCAAACAGCUGGAAACAGUUCAUUCCGAUGCUACAUCGGCGCGCCCACUGUGGCGCCGUGACUGCCCACGACCGUCUGUACGUGCUAGGAGGAUACUGCACUCGAGCCCCUCAGUUUCCCCUGACAACCCGCGUCACAACCCACCUCGACUCGGUCGAGAUGCUCGAUCCAUCCACGCACCAAUGGUCGCUCCUGCCGCCCAUGCUGCAUCCCCGCAGCUACCUUGGUUCUGCCUACCUCCACGGCCACAUCUAUGCACUUGGAGGGUUCAACGGUCGCCGCCACUUUGCCUGUGUCGAGCGCUUCGACGUGACCUCCCAAGUGUGGGAACAUGUGGCCCCCAUGCAUCACUCCCGCAGCGGCUUGGCCGUCGCGGUCGUCCCCGACCGAGGGCUCAUCGUGGCCUGUGGCGGCUUUGACGGGCACGACCACCUCCAGUCAGUCGAAGUGUUCGACUGCUCCACCAACGUCUGGGCACUCGUCGCUCCCAUGCACGACGUCCGCAACGGAGGCGUCGCGGUGGCCCUCGCGACCGGCUACAUCUGCGUGUUUGGGGGAGAAGUGGCGCACGGCAGCCGCGUGGCGUCGGCCGAGCUGUACCACGUCGCAUCCGACGUGUGGGCCCCCAGCGCGCCGCUCCCCGUCGAGGUGAGUGGGCAUGGGGCGGCGUUGUGGCAGCAUCAAUUUGUCUACUGCGUCGGCGGCUCCACCGACUCGACCAGCCGCCAAGUGGACUGUGUGCACCGCUUUGACGGUGUCACACAGGACUGGACGACGAUGCCGACGUUGCACCUCCGAAGUCCACGAAGUGGCAUGGCGAUGGCCACCGUCGAGAUGGAGCCGACAUGUCGUCUCUUGCACGGUGACAUGGCAUCAGUAGCAUAA